UCAUUAUUCCUCCCAUUCUUUUCCUCUCGCUCGGGGCUUAAACUCUUUCCUACUUCGAGGUUGACUCCGUAUCUCGUCGCUCACUUCUGAGUCAAGCACGGAUCUCUCCGCAGGCCCGGGACAUGUUGCAGUGUCCGUGAUUCAAGAGGCCCCCCUUAUAUUUUGAUCCGAUCUCUCCUUGGGUCCCUCGCAGAUAGUCGCCUUUGCGCAUCAACGGACUCAAUAAAAAAAAAUCUUGUUGAACGGGAGGGCAGGCCCGAAAAACGGCCAACGCGUUCCCAGUUUAGUUCCUAUCGGUUUUAGCCCCCGCUAUCGAUAAUCCGCUUUUCCCGCGCUGCAGGCAUCAACGGCGCGCCUCCUUGCCUUCGAGACUAUGCUCCGACGCAACUCCGACCUGGAGAUUCAACUCCCUGACGCAGGCCCCGCCAGCUCACCCGACUCGUUUAAUGAGCCCGAUGUGGAGAUGCUAUCGGAUGAGCACGCGCUGCCGCUCAGUUUGCCUGCACACCUUGCGGCUCGUUUCGCACGGAAGCCGAGUGUAGUCCGCCGCUCAUCUGCGGCUUCCUCUCGCCGAAGCUCGAUUUCCUCGCUGCAUUCUCACCAUUCGACUGCGUCCUCUCAUGGCGCAUCCCCCACCGACCACAUUGCGCAACACCUCCGCCGGACCUCUAUUCUGGAAAGCCGGAAAGCCAGACUUGCGGACCGUGCCUUGCAUGCGGAGAAAGUGAGACUCCGCGCUGCCCUAACCAAGGCUGCCACUAGAAACCUCCAAAGGGAGGAGAGAGCACUGGCUGCGCACCAGGCUCGCGAGCGACUGCUAGCCGAGAUCACUGCCAAGUGCGAAGAGGAAGUUCGUCGGGCAAAAAAGAAGGCCGAGGACAAUCGAGAAAAGAAAGCCGCGGAGCACGCGCGGCUUCGGUUGGAAUUGGCAGAGAAAUUUGCGGAGGCAGAAAAGAGACGGGUGCUUUACCAACAAAGCCAUCGACGCCAUCGCACGAGCAGUCUGCCUGCCACGGAAGAAAAGAAGAUGGCCAGAGUGGUUACUAGGUCUCUCACUCAAGAUGCAGCCGCAAGGACCAUCCAAAGGGCUUGGCGAGCCUACCACGCAAGAACCGUCAUGCAGGAAUUCCACCGACUGGAGCUGACUACCGACCGUAUCCGGGACAUGGUCUUCGAAGAUGUGGGUUCCCUCCUCUCGGAGAACACGGUCUUGACCACGACAGCCCAUGUUCUUCGGCUUUGUGGAUUGCAAGACAUGGAAAGCGGCACGAUGGGCGGAAGAGGUGCAGUACGGACAUUUCUUAGCAGCUACCUCAUCGUGACUCAUCCAGCCGAGGUCUUGAGCAGUAACGGUGAGCAAGAACAGGAUCUCAUUGCCAAAGCUCGUGAGCUUUUGAUGGCAUUUGAACAAGUUGUACCGCUGCUCUCAUUUGGUUUCUGCUCGGCCACCGCCAUCUCGACCGAGCUCCAGACGCUCGAUGAGGCGUAUAACGUAUUCUUUUCCGCAUUUCAUGCUUGGAAAACCCAUGACUCAAGUGUUCUAAUCGAAAUCAUGCUGGCUCAGUUCAUCGAGCUGGAGCUGAUCUGGCAGACUGUCAAAGAUGACCGAGCUGGUGGAGUUGCAGACGACUAUCGCCAGGGCAUUAGACAGAACCAGAUUCUGCUCCUCGCUAGGCUUAAGCGCCUUGCAGGCUCAGACAAGGCAAUGCAGAUGGUGCGUGAGGCUCUGAAAAGGGCCAAACGCGAGAAGAAACGAACUACUUCCAAGCAGGCCAUUCCGCGGUCCGCCGAAGCUGCGCCCUCGUCUACCGAGGCCCUCACGGAAAGUGUUGCCUCCCCCAUUAGCGAGACCUUUAACAAUGUAGACAGUACGGUUCUGCGAGAGCUCGAAAGACAGCGGGUCUCCCCGCAUGAGCGAUUCACCCGGCUCCUCACGGCUCUUCCAGAAAACCGAGCCCUGGUCCAUGAGCUUCUCAUCAACAAAGAAUUCAAGAUUGAGGAAACCCAAUACACGGAACCCCGGAGACAGAUCAUGGCACACAUGUGUGACAUGAUGCGAAGAGAUGUAGACGCGGGGCUGGGAACCGAUUGGACUGUAGCCAUGGCCACGGUGAUCCAGGAUCGCUUGUUACGAUCGCUACGCCCAGGAAACUCCCUCCACGUGCUGAUCAGUGAGGUGCUUGAUCCCAAGCUCGUCGAGGGCCAAUGCAAAGCUGGCGCAUUCUCCUACGACAGCUUCUUCGGUUUCAUGAACACCUUGUUGCCAAAGCUCUGCGCCCCUUACCGGGAUCCCGCGGUCAAGGCAUUCGCCGAGGACACUUCAGGUGAUGCAAUCGACCGUCUGGCGAGGCUCAUGGCCGUCAUCGAUCUUCUCUCACUCGACCAUACGAAUUUCAUGAUCCAGAUCGCCGCUCCCCAGCUCAUCCAGGAGGCCCCGGGAUACGAACAGAGGACGUUCGAGAAAGGGGUGCAGGAUGGCUCUAUAGGUCUGGGGAAAAGCCGGCGUUUCUGCCGAACACAUCGCAAAAUCCUCGUGGACGAAAUGCGGAAGCGCGACCCGGAACACGUCAAUGGAGAGCCUCGGCCGCCAGCAUCUAAAAUAUAUGCGCAUGGUCUCAUAGACCUUGUCCUAAGCAAUGCACAAGUGUCCGACGAUCUGAUACCCGAGACUCUUGAACUGGAUCGGCGGCGACUCAGGAAGCUCCAUGCACAGGCAUUUCGCAUCGUGGCCACGGCGUCCAUUCUGAUAACGGCGAAGAAUCUGCUCAAGCGCGACGUGCGCUCCCAGUGGAAAGCUGACGCCGAUCGGAUCCUAUCCCUGGAUUUCAGCGAAAUCCGACCGGACCGAGUUCAAUCCAUUCUAGAAUCAACGCAUCCCAUGCCAUCCAGUGCAAGUGCUCAACUUGCGGCCACCAUCCGACGGGUUUUGGGGCCGGUUGCCACUGCAUGUGCUGCCAUCUCUCCUUUUGAAACAUUACAGACACCGGUGGAAAUAUAUACCGAUUCGUCACUGCGGGAGACCCCAUCGUCGUCGGAGCCCGGGAGCUUCGUAGGAUCGAGCGCAAACGGGACGGGAAUGACUAGCUUUACAGAUCCCGUUGCCCGCCUCAUCCUCUCCCGAUUGCGCACCCAUGUCCUCUCACGGCUCAGUGCCAGUAGUGCCAGUGAGAGAGUGCGGGCUACAUCGACGGCCAGUCAAAGCUUGGCCGGUGCAGGUAUGCCCGAGUUUGUCAACGAGGUGGGACAACUCACAGAAGAGCUGGAGAAGGUCCGUGAGGUGGAUUGGAUCAGCCACGGCAUGAUAUAUGAGCAGAUCUUCGGGGAACCCGUUUCUCAAGGGCCAAGUGCUUGAGAUCGGCGGUGUGGUCAAUCAAUAAUGUUCAUCAAUAUAGACGUUUCUUCAGGCCGACUUGAUGGUCUUGGGGGAUCUUAAUGGUUGAUUUUCUUUUUGCUUGUUUGUUUCUAUAAUGUCAGCCUCGACGUUUUUGGUCUUUUUUUUUUUUUUUUUU